ACUAACAAUCUUUUGUAAUUCUUCAGAAAACAUCGCGUAUUGAUCACAUAUUAUAUAAAAAUGUACAAAAGAAAAUGUAAUAGGCUGAUUUAUACGAUUAAAGAUAAUUUAGACAGGAGAUAAAUUUGACUCACACAUAUGGUGAGAACGUGUUCAUGGGUCACAGAGAUAGGGACAGUAAGGGUCAUCUCUUGACUUCUAUGAACUCAGUUCACUUUUAUUAAGCUACCAUUGCACACCAUGAGAAUCACAGAUAAUAAUUAUACAUUGCAGACAUUAAUGUAUAAACUAGGAAGAAUUGUUCUUGUGUUUCUUCUAUUUUGCAAUAAUCAUGUUACAUAUAGUGUAUUCCAAUCAGGAAAGGAAUAUGUUUAUUCCUAUAGUGCACUUUCAAGCUCUGGAGUUUUGUUACCAUCUACUGCAUCAUCUUCAUGGGGAUUUCAUGGAAAACUUUUAAUUCAAAUGGAACAAAAUGUUUCUACAAUGCAGUUACAGUCAUUAAAGAUGAUUGUGUGGAAUGGUGAGGAACAAAUAAAAGAAGAUCAAGAUAUUCCUGCUGAUGCAGAUGAACUAUUGAAACCAUUUCAAGUUACAUAUAGAAAUGGUCUGGUUGAAAAUUUUAGUACAGAAGCAACAUCUGCAUGGUCCACAAAUAUAAAAAGAAGUAUAGCAGGAAUUUUACAAUUGGAUUUGUCUGGCAUAGAAAAGGCAACAGCAUUUCACUCAACUGAACUAAAUCACUAUGGUCAAUGUAAUAUUGAAUAUGUUGCUAAUCUUGAAGAAGAAAAUGAAUGGCUGAUAAGGAAAUUUUUAGAUCCUCGUACUUGUGUUGGGCAUCCUCAUUAUACAUGGUCAAAUGUACCCAAAAUGCUGUGUCCUAACAGUGAUCAAAAUCCAAUACUAAAAUCCAGUGAAAGAUUAUAUAAAGUUAAUUUAACUCGACAACUAAGUGAGAUUUUGUUUGUCAAUGCUUCUGGAGGUAUAUAUGUUCAACCCUUCCAAAGUUUUGGAGAAGCACAGUUUCACUUUACAAGACAAACCUUUAAUUUAAUUUCGGUGAAAGAUACAAUAAAUAAAAUACCUAUUAAAAACUUACAUUUCAAAGUUCUACAACAUGAACUUCCAGAAUUAGAUCUCACCCAAGGCAGAGGUACUCCUGAUAAGAGUACUGUCUUUAAAUCUAUAGGAAGAUUAUUAGAUCGAUUAAGCCAGAGACUUGAAAAUCCUGGUUUAGAUACUGAGACGGGUAAUUUACAUAACACAACAAUCAGUGUGUUACUUUAUUAUCUUGGAAUGUUAAAUGUUGCUGAUUUACGUGGUGCAUAUACGAAGAUUUCAGGGACUAGUUACAAAGAAGAAACAAUACGAAAUAUGUUUCUUGAAGCUCUUCCACAAGUUGGUACAAAGGAAUCUGCAUUAUUUAUAUUAGAAUUAAUUCAAGAUAAGAAAGUUUCGGAUAUGUCAGCAAUUCAGCUUCUUACCCAGCUACCGUUUCACAUACGAAAACCUGAUAUUCAGUUAUUAGUCAGUUUACAAACAUUUUUAAAUUUACCUGACAAAAUAUCUGUUGAGGUUCAAAAUACUGCUAUUCUCACGUAUGGUACAUUGAUUUAUAAAACAUGUUUAUUAUAUUGUCCAUAUGAAAUGUUGGACGAUUAUGUACGUCUGUACCUUGAUAAAUUUACAGAGACAAAGGAAUACGAAAAAAAAAUGAUCUGGUUGGAAGGAUUAGCAAAUAUACAAUUGGGAAGAGUUGUUGAAUUUUUGGAACCUAUUGCAAGUGGUAGUAAUGCAGAAUCGCGGCAUUUUCGUGUACUUGCUGCAUGGGCAUCACUUCCAACUGCUUCUCUAAGGCCUGAUGUUAUAUAUCCAGUCUAUUGGCCAAUUUUAAUUAAUAGAACUGAACAUUUAGAAAUGAGAGUAGCUGCAUUAACAUUACUCAUUAUCUCUAGUCCUACACCAAACAGAUUAAUAUCAUUGUAUUGGUAUAUGCAAAGUGAACCUGAUCAACAUUUAUAUAAUUACUUUUAUACUAUGUUAAAGUCAAUGGAACACACUACACAUCCUUGCUAUGUACAUAUUGGAACAAUAGCUACACAAUUUACGCGAGUACUUCGACCACCAAAAAAUCAGUACAUAAUUACUGGAAAUUAUUUAUUUGAUUAUCAAGAUAUCUACAGGAAAUUUGGUGCCAUGAUACAUGGAAUUAUUAUUGCUAAUCCUUUAACAAACAUACCUGAAGUUUUAUAUGUGACAGUAAAUACUUACGGAAGCGGAAUUAAUAUCAAUCAUGUGUCUUUGUACAUUAAAGCUGAAGGUCUUCUACAAUCAUUAUCAGCACACCUUGAUAGUCCCACACAAAUAAAAGAUAUACUAAAGCAAUUUAAAUUAGAUCAAAGGCAAAAUGGACCCGUACAUUUAGAAAUAAUUGCACGUAUUCAAGAAAAAACAGUUUUAUGUCUUCAUAUAAAUGAAACAAAUAUUAUGAAAGGAUUUAAAUACCUCUCCACUUUACCUGAUAAUAUAUAUAAUAUAUAUCAAAACAUGGAAUUUCAUGUCAAUCAACAACGUAUUAAUAUUCCGUUAACAAUGGAAUCAGUACAGGUCACAGAUCUGGGAGCAAAUAUUAGACUUGCAAUUACUACGACAUCAUUGUUUUCAAUGAGAGGAAAUUUUACACAUAGCUCAGUUGGUCGAAAUAAUCAUGUCAUAUUACGAACAUCUAUACAUAAAUCAGAAAUAAUAGAAAAUUAUAAUCCUUUGAUUGAUAUAUGGCAUAGUGCGGAAAGAGCACAUUCUGUUCAUGGAUAUCUUCCAGUUAAUAUUACUAUUGGAUUCGAGGAUCGACCUUUUAUCUCAUAUGAUACUCCAGGAGAACACCUUAAAAUGGGAAUUACAACUCAUGCUAGAACAUCGACCAAUAUAAAAGGUGUAAAUGUUAAAUCAAAAUUAAAUCAAGUGUGUUCUACUUGUCCCGAAUUAUACAUAGUUACAAAAUUACCAGCUCAUAAACUAAAGGAAAAAGAUCUGUUUCAAAUGGAAUUAGCGGAAUUAGGAGGUAAAAUAUAUGUGAAACUUUUUGAUUGUGAAAAUAUAAUAUCUCGAGAAAAACUAGUACGAGAUGUAUUUUCUUCGCAUCACGAUAAUUAUCAUAUUUGGCCAUUUCUGCAAUUUGCUUUUACAGCACUACAUUUUUUAGAUUAUUAUACAUAUAUACCACCAAAAGGUAGUUGUGGUUUAGCUGCUUAUAUUAGUACGAUUGAUACAACACAUACUCAAGUAAGAUUUGAAUAUAUGAAAGGUCUCAGUCAUCAUAUGCUAUCUUUAACACAUCGCGAGGUAGAAUCAUCUCAAUUAUUACAACAAUGGAAUUUAGCUAUACUUUAUGAAAUUACUAGUUGGAUGUCUGAUAUGAUUAAAAUUAAAGCAACUAAAAUUACUCCAGGUCAAAAAGUUUUAAAGUUUUGUUUGGAAGCAGAAAAAGAAAUACCUUGGGAAUGGGAGUUUCUUAGUACUAAACCAAGUGAUCCAGCAACAAUUUCAUUAAAUAUUGUUUGGGGUUUGUCCGAUACCGCAAAAGGCAAAUGCAGUGGAUCUUCAAUUACAUUAAAUUUACUUGGUGAAAUUAGUAAGGAACAAUUAGAAGAUGCUAAACAAGCAAAAUGGCCAUAUGAAGAGUGUCGUAAACAAUCAGAGGGAAAACAUUAUACACCCUAUUCUGAUGCUUGUUAUGAGACCUCAAGAGAAUUAUCAACUUUGAGGAAAUAUCAAAUUAUUGCACAACAUGAAAAUAUACCAGAAAGCUUGAUGAGAUUAGCUUGGAAAUUUCGUGCUUUCUAUGAUUUUAUUGGUGGGAAUAGUAGUUCAGAUUCUGUUUCUAAAGAAUUUGUUGUAACGGCAAAAUUUCCAAAAGAUUCAGAUACUGGAGAAUUAUCUCUCAAUAGUGAUAAAGUAGCUAUUGAAUAUAACUACAAUUUUAUAGAUUAUUUUUUAACUAGAACUGGGAUUCAUAAAUAUUUGGAUUUAUCGAUUGUAAAAACGGUUUUUGGCACGUGUGUUAUAACACCAGACUCUAUAAAAACUAUUCACAAUGUGAAUUACUCAUUUCACAAUAAAGGUGAGGUUCUAUUACUCGGUCAGUGUUAUAGCGAAGAUCCGAGAUAUGCAUUAACAGCAGAAAACAAUUUACAUGGUGUUAAGGUUAAUAUAUAUGAUGAGAUAGACACUGUACGAAUUGUACCUAAUGAAGUUGGAGCAACGUUAUACAAUAAUACAAUAAAUAUUCCAUUGCCACAAAGCUAUAUGUUCCACACGUUUGGUUCUAAGAAACUAAGAUUGGAUAAUAAUACCAUAGAUAUGAUAGUUCCUAAUCUCUAUUUAUAUAUGCAUUGGACACGAGAACAAAUUCUUCUGUUCUUUCCAACAUAUUUACUGGAAUUUAGUUGCGGUAUAUGUACGAUGCGUACCCUUGAUAACAACAAUUUGUUUGAAAAAUUAUAAUGUUGUAUUUACAAAAAAUCUGCUUUAUGACUAGUGUUGAUACAUUUACAUUCAAGAUAUUUGAAAUAUAGUAUAUUUAGAGGUAGAGUUUACUUUUAAUAAAUACAUAUAAUUUAAGAAGAUUUGUUGUAGAAAUUGUAAAAAAAUUAAGUAAUUAUUUACGUACGUAAGUUAAUAUUAACAAAUAUGUAUGAUUGUAUCUAACAUGAUUUGUAUUUCUUGCAAAAUGCAGUGUAAGAAAAUUUUAAAUGAACAAGUACUAUACUAACAAGUUAUAUUGGAGCGAAAAAUUAUAUCAUUUAUAAUAAUUCUAU